AAGAACAGUCACCAUCAGCAUGAUCCAAACCCUCCCUGGAGCAUCCAGAGAUCCCAGGGCUCUUGCAGUGAAACCCACUCUGUGGUUCCAGUGACAGUGGCGUUGCCCCAGUGCCUCAUUGGGGUGCAGCCAUCCCAAGUCCACCCUCAGCAAACAUUAAUCUUCAGGAGUUCACGCUGCACCCUAGCAAGCAGAGCCUGUGCAUUUAGAAUGAAAGCUUCCUUCCUAAGUGGUUUCCUCAAUGUUAGUGUACAGUGGAUGAUUUAAGGAAGGGUCAGGGAAUGUAAGCAACAGGUAUUUCUCAUGUGAUCUUGACAGGGUAAGGGGGAGUGGCUUUAAAGUGAAACAAGGCAGAGUUAGAUGGGAUAUUGGGAAGAAAUCCUUCCCUGUGAGGGUAGGGAGGCCCUGGCACAGGGUGCCCAGAGAAGCUGUGGCUGCCCCUGGAUCCUUGGAAGUUGCAAGGCCAGGCUAGACGGGACUUGGAGCAACCUGGGAUAGUGGCAGGUUUCUCUGCCUACGGCAGGGGGUGGAACUGGAUGAGCUUUAAGGUCCCUUCCUACCCAAACCAUUCCACGGUUCUGUCCCCAGAGCAGGACAAAGCUCUGCCUUCAUGAGGAAAAGCUGGAAGCAGGAUGUUUGUGCUGCCUGGGGGCCGCCCAGCACAGUGCUGCCCCUUGAUCCAAGGGCUGCAUGGCAAGGACCGUCCUCUCUGGGGACCCCAGCCCGGGCCCCAAAUCCUCAGCUUCCUCGGCACUAGAUGGAGCACGUGAGCUUCCACCAAGCAAAGCCAGAGGCAGCCCUAGCAAAGAUCCUGCACUGUCUGAUCAGCUCUGUUUGACUUUGGUUUGCCUGUCCAGCCCUGCCAGAAAACAGAUACAUGGAGUAGUUCUCUUGUGAGCAGGGGGUGGCCUGCACUGCUUCAUCCUCAACUUGGAAAAAGGCUCAUUACUUCAGGGCCGGGUGACAGAUUUGGGCUCUGCUGAGUCACGCAGCCCGAGACGGAGAAAUUUUGCCCGUUCUUGGAUUACGGCAGGCUCGAGUCCAUCUUAUUUGCAUGCUCUCCCUGCCCCUGGCGUCUCCUGCAGCUGGAUGGUUGUUGGCACCAAAGGCAGCAGGUGUGGUGGAGGAGGAAAAGGAAGAGGAAAAGACCUGAUUACCGUGGAGCAAUUUCCCCAUCCGUGGCAGCAUCCAGGUAAUAGAGUAGUUGGAUCUGCUGGAGGCAAGUUCAUCAACUGUGGCCUGCACGAUGAAUCCACUCUGGGCUCUGUCUCUGAUUCACCACGUGCUGUAAAUCAGCAAUUCGCCACUGCCUGAAGCUUUCCUGACUUCCCUGGCAUUUCCCCAUGGUCACUCUGUGGAAGCAGAUCUCCAGGAGAACCAUCCACCUCAUCCCUGGCAAGCAGAUCCAGGUUCCUCCACAGUUUUCCAGCAGGAUUUGCAGUGGGUGGUCACAGACCCGAGAGCCUGGCAGCUUUUCCAGGUGCUGUUUGCUGCAGAAACCAGGUAUUUUUAUCCUUGUAUGGAAUAAUCGCAUCCCGAUGAAAUCCAGGAUUUGUGCAGCCAAGCUGACUUUGCAAGUGCCACCACCUUUUGCAGCUGCCAAGACACCUGCCCUGGAUUUCCCGAUCCUCUUCCUCACCUCUUCAAUGCUUCUUCCUAAACCAGUCCUGAGCCAGAAGAGCACAUCCUGGAGGACAGCUCCCAGUCCAUUUUUCCCAUGCUGGACAGGAGCUCCCACACCAGGAUGCCCUCAUCUCUGUAAGUCCCUGUCCAGAGGGUCCUUGGCUGCCCCAGCCUGCCCUGAGUGCCCCAGCUUGCUGAUGCAUCUGCAGUCCUCCCUCAGGGCACAGGGGAGGCCCAGUGCAGCCUUUCCCUUCUCCCACCACCCUGUCUUGGAGCGUGUGGGAAGUUCAGUGCUCCUGGGAGGUUGGGAUGAGUCAGUGUUUGCAUGUCCUGAGUCACUCCAGGGAGUUGCCAGAGAAGAGGGGGGGAUGCCCAGUGUCAGCUGGGGGUGUAAAUAUCCCAGGAAGUUCUAUCUGAAAGAAAAUUCCCAUUGAGAGGUCACCACCUUGCAGGGCUGCUUCCAGCAGGGCCACCACCACGGACCAGAAGUGUCCUUCCAUGAGAAAAAGUUAUUUCCUGGUCCUGCUUCUGUGUGAAUCCUUUCAGAUGGCCCACAGCUGAUUAUUUGGGAGGGGUGCCACAUCCCCAAGCCAUGCCUCUCCUUGGAAACUUCCUGGGAUAUGCCAAGGGGUUCCCCUUGGCAGCUCCCUCAGAGCCAGUUUGUGGAACCAUGGCAUCCAGCAUGCCAGGGAGGCCAUGGAGGAAUGCCAGGCAAGUCCUCAACGUACGGCUUUUGGGAUGUCUUUUGAGUAGAACUAAUUCCCAGUGCUCCCACUGAUUGCAAUUUUUAUCACUAUUUUGGGUCUUUUUGAGCUAGAGAUGCUCCUGAGCUCAUGUGAUGGCUUUGGGAGUGGCUCAGGAGUCCAUCCCUGGUGCUCAAAGCAGGUUUAAGAUUUGAAGGGGAGAGUGGACAGCCUUGCUGACACCCCUGCAGGCACCUGGAUGUCCUCUGUGCCUUGAUGAACAGCCCAGAGAACAGGCUUUAGAUUUUUACCUCCCUUUCCAGCUUGAAUGGAAUAAAUUCCCAGAUCAAGAAGAGCUGGAAGAACCACCCUAGGAUUUUUUGUUCUCAGAAUCCCUGCCUUUAACAUGAGCUAAAUUUUCUGUGCUUGCUCACAGCAGAGGCUGAGCAGGGAGUGAGGCCAGAAAAACAGGGGGUCAUGUCAGACUUUCUUUUUUUCUCCUCUUAACACUGAAAUAAAAAUACAUCCCAAGCUUGUUUUGGGAUUAGCAAGAAAAAAUUCCUCUUGAUGGGAACCAUCUGUGGCGGGGAGAUGCCGGCUGCUCUCCGCCUCCCGCCCUCACACAGACGCCGCCGUUUGGGGUGUGUUCCUCUCCCAAAUAUUAUUCCUCUCAUCCCUGCACUGGUGGGAGGAAUCCCAACUAUUUAAGGAGGCUUUUCUCCCGGCAUUCAGAGCAGCAGCACCUCACGACACCUAUGGAGGAUAAUAUUUGCUCUCCUCAUGACAGCCCCAGUGCCUGGCACAGCUUGCUGGUGGCUGCUGGGCUCGGAGGGUAAACAUUGCAAGUGCCUUGGUUGUGACCUCUGCACCCCAGACGCCACCUCAGGGUCAGAGCAAACACCUCGAGGCCUAUCCUGCCUGUCCCACCAACCAGGAGGGGAAAUCUGCCCCGAGGAGCGGAGAUUCCCUGGCUCUGCCUCUGCUGUGCUGCUGGAAAUGAGGGGGUUGGUGACGCUCCCUUCGUGGUGUCGAAGAGUGAGGUGAUUUCUGAGGGGGAAAUGCAACUUCUGGGCUGAGUUGGUGUCUUGGGUUGAGAAAUGUAACCAAAAAUGUGUCUUCUAUUUUCAUCUGUUGAAGCCCAUCUUGUAACUCUAGCCUAGGGGGAAGAGGGCUGAUGCUUUCUGUUAACGGGACAACUGAUAACACCAGAUAAGGCAGUGCCUCCUUAUCUCUUCCUCCACCCAUCCUCCUCCGAGGGACAUCCCCUGUGAAUGGGCCAUUGAAGGCCUCUCACAUGACUGAUAACAUCACCUCAUUCCACUGGGAGAUGCUCCAAAGCCUUUCCACCAGAAUAAAACCAGCAAUCCCAGACACCAAGGGAGCCUGUUUCCACUGGAUUCCCAGAGGAAUCCUUUGGAUUCCUGGAUCCUUUCCUUGAGGAUCAUCUCUGCUCCAAUGGAACCACAUCUGUCACUCCAGGAGGACUUUGGGCUGCUUCCAACACCCUGACCAACAGGGUGUCAGUUGGCAACGGGAGGAUGAAGAGGUGCAUUUGCAGCAUCAGAAACUCCAGAGAGAUUUGGAGCAGGGAGCAGCCUUCAAGGCCAGGAAGAGGAGAGGAAGCUCAAGGUGAAGCCAGCAGAAUCCAGGGCAGGUCUGGCCCCAGGAGGAAAGGCUGGAAGUGUUUCUCUGCUGAAGUGUGGCUGCCUGGCUGAAAUGUCUCCUCCUGGGAUCAGCUCCUGGCAGGUUGAGCAGGAAGCUGGGAGCAAGAUGAGCCCAACAGGUUCUGGGCUGUGGAGCCUCCUGGGCAGCACACCCCUGGCCUGGGAUCCAAGAGCUGAACUGAAAUGGGCCCAAAGGAGCAUUUGGGGGGCUUUCCUAAACCUGACUCAAUGAAUGAUUUUUGUGUGGGCCUUGAUGUCUUCAGAGUGAUCCAGGUCUGGCUUGGGAGCUGGUUUGGAUUCAUUUGGAGGAAGGAGGGCAGGACAUUUAGGCCUGGCUUACCUUGCCCUCAUGCUUGUCCCUUAAUGUGGGGAUCCCCCAGUUGCUGUACCCUCCCAGGACUGAGUUAAUCCAUGGAGCCCAGCAUGAGCUGGUUGGAGUGAAGGAUGCUGCUCCCUCCUUCCCCCUGGGGCUGGCACAAAGCAUCACAGUGGCACUGGUGGGUUUUUGUACUCCAGCAGAUGAAGGCAAAGUGCUUUCCAUCUUUGAGGCUGGAAAAAUCCAUCCCCAGCCCGAGGCUUGGUCCUGCAGCCAGGGGUGCAGCCCACGCUCCCAUCCCAGGAAUGUGGGAUGUUCUGGUGCUGCUUUGCCCAGCCCUGCUCUGGCCACAGGCUGGGAACAGGAUAUUCCUGGCUGCUCUCAAAUAUUCCAUGAAUCUGUGAAUCCAUGGUUAUUGUAAGGUGCUCGCCCAAAAGCUGGUGGUGGGCAAGGAGGACUCAUUUUUCCAAGAUCUUUUAACAAAUCCCUCCUGGGCCAAAUAUACCCCAAAAUGCCACUCUGGCUUUAACAGAGAAGGGUGUUUGUGCACAGUUACUGAUACUUGGAAAGCUGAAUGCUGGUGCUGUGCUUCACCCAUCAAAAAGAAAUUUACAGAUUAAAUUUGUGGAAAUUUAUAUAAACUGCUGGAACAGCAUCACAUGGAACAACCUUACAUUGUAACAGGAAGAAAAAAUGCUGUUGUUUUAUUGGAAAUAGAGGGAAAUGGAUUCACAUAACAUUUUAAAGGCAGUGAGGUUGUGAACUCUGGGGGUUUAAUUUCAGCAAUGUUUGUGCACACACGCUCCAUGCCAGGCAGGCUGAACUGAGGCUGGGAUGGGUUUUUCAUCCCCUGUGAUGAGGUCAAACCCCACACCUCCAUCUGAGAAAAUUCUGGGACGGAGAGGAUCAGAAAACUGAUGCUCCCCCUGGCCUGGCUGAAUAACAGAGGCUUUGUUCAGGGAUCCAGGUCAGGGCUUUUAUUUCAGUACCUGCAAAGGAGCUAUGAGAAGAAUGCAGCAGGUUCCUCCCGGCCUGGAGAAAUGCAGAGAUAUCUCCAAAGGUGUUUAAUAUUAACUGGAGCAGGGCACAUCUCUGAAGGGUUUGAUUGUGAGCCCUAUCUGUGUUUGUAUCCAAACAUCACCUGCAAAUUGUGGCCAGAGCUGGAGCAGGUGAAAGUCCUCGUGGAGGGAGCCGGAUCGAUGACGGGUUUGUCAAUAAAGACCGUCCCGUGCUGGCACCAGGAAUGUGAUCCACGAGCCCAGACCUUCCUGAGCAGGCACAGAACAAAGGCCUCAGCCACAAGGCUCUGAUGAAUGUGUUGGUGAGGAGAAGAGGGCUGGUUGGGCAGGGAGCAGAGGGAACAAAGGAGCCCUGUGUGCACGGGGCAGCCAGCGAGCGGCUCCUGGGAUUUGCUUUCCAGGGUGGAUGUGAUGGGAGCUCCUCCAGGAAAACCCCCUGGGAUUUUGAUGCCAGCAAGGUUUGGCCUUCACACUCAUCCUCUCUGACUCUUCUGGUCGGAUGUUAUCAGAAGCACUUUUUGAUAAAGCUCUUUCUCACAGGGCAGGGAAGUCUUGCACCACAGAAUGACAAAUGCAUUUCCUUCCUUGCUGUUUCAGCAGCAUUUGUUUAUUAUGUGGACCGCACUAGAAAAUGCUGUUAAACGAAGUUUAAUUUAAAACCAAUUAGUUCAGAGAUGGCUUUACUUACAUGCCCUGAAGUUCUCCCAAUAUAUCUGGAAUCAUGGAAUCAGUAAGGCUGGAAAAGACCUCCAAGAUCAUCGAGUUUGACUAAACCGUGUUGUGAAGUGCCACACCAACGUGAUUUUUUUAGCUCUUUUUUUUUUUUUUUUUUCCACAGGAGAUCUGUAUUUAUCCUAAGCUUGAUACUGAAAACAGGAGCUGGAGGUUAUGGAUGGUUUCAUUCCUACCAGUUGUGGGGGAAAAUGCCAGCAAAUAGAAGGUGACAAGCUUGGGGCACAGGGCUAGGUCUUGUCACCAGCCUGGCUGGGGGACCCUUUGUGGCAGGGACUGUCCUGCUGCCCUCCAUCCCGAGGGCUGUGGAUGGACUGAGCACAUCCACCUUUCUCCACCCCUUUGAAGGGCUGUGGGGUAAGUCCAGGAGUUGUUUGCCCAAGACAGUGAUACAAGGCAACAUCCUUUAGGGCUUCAGAGGGACAGGAGGGUACAGGGUGCUCUUUAUCUGGAGAAACUUCCAUGGAGACAGACAUUCCUCACCUUGUCAGUGGGUCACCAUCACCACAAAAACUGGGCCUGGCUCCUCCAGCUCUUCCCAAUUUUGUAUUUAUUGUAUGCAUUUUAUAUUUAUUUACCUGUUAUUUUUAUGACUGAGGUAUCCCCGUUUCCUAGCCCACGCUGCAAGACUUCAGUGCAGUCAUCAGGGCAUGCUGAGGGUGACAGGGACCUGAUUUACCUGCUCCAAUAAUCCCUGCCUGUGACUUUCCUCCUGUUGAUGUACAUCCCUCUCAUCCCCUGGAAGGGGUUGCUGGUUAACUCCCCCGGAGCAGGCAAACACAGCUAUUGUGCAAACAGCAUUUCCUGGCUUGGUGGACAAAAGAUAUCUUCAUUUCCAGUUGCUGGGUAACAUGAAAUGUUCCCAUUUUCACCCUCAGCGAUCUCUUCGGGUUCACCAUGGCUUCUGCUGCAGGGAUGGAGACAUUGCAAGGGCGCGUUGGGGCAGCUUGAGGAGGCAAAAAAAGUGAGAGAGAGGUGAAAUGCAGAGGAUGUAACAGGAAAAUGGCUCUGCAAGCCCUCCCUGUAAAUGCUAUUAUGUUAAAAUAAUUAUGCCUGAGCGGACGCUCACAAUCAACACCCUCCUUGCACUUAUUAGAGGCACAAAGGCCCCGGAGAAAGAAGUAGGAAAAAGGACCUUAAUGAAAAUAUUCGCAGCACAAACACAGGAAAGCGCCGAGCUCCCUCCUGUUUGCCCUGCAUUCCCCAGGACUGCAGUGGGCAGAACAAUGGGGUGUCCCUCUCUCGCUUCCUUCCCCUGCUGGGAUGCUCCACGGUUUGCCUCGCAGAGCUCCUCUGCACGGGCACGGCUUGGCUCCACUCCUGCCACACAGCCCAGCUUGAUCCAGCCUCGCCUGCUGCACCCUCCACGUUCUGUCUGCACAACUGAGUUCUUGAAAUCUCUCUGUGUCCACUGUCCAGAUGUGGCAGUACUGUACUGGCAGCUGUUCCUGCAGGGGUUCCUUGCUCUGCCCCAAAAAGCCAUGGGGGAACCUGCUGUGCUGUCACCAGACCCAGCCUUGUUUUGCCCCUGUGUGCAGCAGCAAAUGCAGAAAAGGGAACAUCAGCAGGCUCUGACAUCUCUGAGAAGGCUCCAGGGAGAGCUCAGAGCCCUUGCAGGGCCUAAAGGGGAUCCAGGAGAGCUGGAGAGGAACUGGGGACAAGGGAUGGAGGGACAGUACAAGGGGGAAUGGCUUCCACUGCCAGAGGGCAGGGAUAGAUGGGAUAUUGGGAAGGAUUUUUUCCCUGUGAGGGUGGGCAGGCCCUGGCACAGGGUGCCCAGAGCAGCUGUGGCUGCCCCUGGAUCCCUGGCAGUGUCCAAGGCCAUGUCUGGGUCAUCCAGACUGCUCAGGAAAGUGUUUCUCCAGCAAAGACUUCCCUGCAGUGAGCCUGGGAGGAGGAAAAAGGGCUUUUUUUUCUGCCUACAGAGGGGAGGGUACAGUACUUUUUCUUGGAGGAGGCUGAUGCUGAGUUUAAGGAAUAAUCAGCCCAUUCCUCCUGAUCUUGUAGGAAACUGCAUCAUCUCCCUCACCAUCCAUCUCAGCCAAAGACCAGAGCAGGGACUCCUCUGAGACUUUGCCUUGAUGCCCUUCUGAGCUGCCAGCCUCGUAUUUCCCUGCCAGGAAACAAAAAUGUCCCUUCUGGAGGAAUUUUCCCCUCCAUAAGCACGUAACAAAACACUUUCAGGAUGUGGCAUGAAAUCCCUAAACUCAGCCGUGGUUUAGAGCUCAGCCAGGUCCUAAAGGAGCAGCUUAAAAAGGGAAUCACACACAGGGAGUGUCACCGAGGUCCAGAGGGUUUUCAGGAGGGCUUUAGAGCUGCAUCCCUUGGAAGUGAAGCUGGCUGGAAAUGUGAGGAAUGAGCACAGCAGAAAUCAUUCCCAUGCCAAAGGGAGAUAUUUAAAGUAGUUUUGAGCAUUCAAGGCUCUCAGCACGGGACAAGGAGCUUAUAAAUCUGAAACCAAUCUUCCCUGUCCGUAAUUGCAUCUGUUUUCCUAGAGGCUGCAAAUUUACUCAUGGUAAAUUUCCUUCAGUGACUUUUCUUUGACAUUGCACAGCCGUCAGCAGCCAAAGUGCUGCUUUCAGGGGGCUGAUGGUCCUUGUGCUCAUCUUUGCUGUCCUCACAGCUGCUUGGAGUGGCUGGAGAACAAAUCCUUCCCCAGCCCUGCAUCCUGGCAGGAUCCCGUGUCAGAUUCAGCUAGCCAAGGCACGGAAAUAUUCUGAAAAUGUGCAAGCUCUAUCUUUUCAGAGGCAUUUUCCUCAGCAAAUGGAUGCUGUAAAGAACUGACUGGCUGGGAGCAUCUGCAGGAUUCCUGGAACCUCUCAAGUUUGAAGAGUAUUUAUUUCCUCUUGGUGCCAGAAAAAAGUAUUUUCCCCUUGAUCUUACAAAAGGCUGAACUCUUUCUGCCCGAGUUAAAAGGCAAUCCUUAGGCACAAGACCAAGGAUGUUUAAAGUUUGGCAAAGGCACCAGACUCUGUUAUGUGCCUUGAAAUACCUGCAUCUGUCCCAUCCUCUCCUGCAUAUCCACCCCCAAGCCUGCAGGAAAACACAUCCUGAAGCUUGCUGUGGACUCACAACCAGGCAGCAACUAAAAUGCUCUCACAGGAGAGAUUUUCAUCAGGAUUUAAGGUAAUCACAGCUCUCGGGCUUGUGAUUCUGAAAUGUCUCCUGUCAGCAGUGCUGGAAGGAGUAGCGCUUGGCAAAGGGCUCCCAGGACAGCUGCCUGUACCUCAACCCCACAGCUCCUCUGCUGUGCUGCUCAUCGCUUGCAUCAGACUCUAAACUCUGAUUUUUCACCUCCAGACUUUCCCUACUGCUGGAUGCAGCAGGAUUAUUGCUGCUUCUCCUAGGAAAAGAGCCAGUUGCCAGCGACCUCUCAGCUUAGUCUGCCUCAGUAAAGAGGAGUCUGGCAUUUGGCUUGUGCCUCCUUGUUAUUUUGACAGCACAUCCCUUCCUUUUGCACUGCUUGGAUCACUCUGUACUUCAGGACUGGGCCAAAAAAAGUGGAAAAUGGCCAAUUUUGCAUGAAAAAUUUUGCAUCUGCUGCUGUUAGCCAAGUGUUUUGUCACCUUGCACCAAGAAGGGCAAAGGAUUCACAGCCAGGACACAGCUGAGUUUUGGCCACAGUGCUGGACAAGCCUGGGCAUCCUUCUCAUCCCAAAUAAUCUGUGCUGCUGCAGUGGGCAGAAAAUAAGUCCUGGGCAUGGUGUAGGUCCAACAAAACACUCAUCCUUUCCCCAAAAUACUACAGCUCAAGGACCCCACACCAGGAAGGCCCCAGUGUGGAGAUCAGGUCCACAUGCACACUUGGGAGCUCAGGAUGUAACGUAGGACCCGGUGCGGGUGAUAAAGGGGGUAGAAAAAACGAAGGGUGAGUUGGAAAGGGGGGAGAAAUCAGGAGGCUGCCAAGCCCAAACCUGCGCCCUUUUCAUCCACCUCUUUCCACGCAGGUGGGAGCACAAACCACCCCUCCUACGCUGAGCUGUGCCUGCCCCAUCCCGG